ACGUUUUCCUGCUCAUGGUCGAUUCGUCGCCAUGCGUUUGGAACAUUCCUCGUUGUGGGACUUUGGAUCAUGAAGUGGUGGUUGGCUUUGGCAGACGCAAAAAACCACGCAAUUUAGGCCAUCUGUCAUGGCCGACGCGUGGGGCAUUAGCAAUGUUUGUGCUGGGAAGUUGCAGAAGAUUGCGCCCCAGACAUGGCAGUUCCCCGAUGGGAUUGCUGUGGGCUGAGCCGGAAACAAGUUGGUUUGGCCGUUUGUUCCAACCUGACACAUCCAUAUUUAAGCAAACCCGACAGUAUUCAACGCCGGAUGCUCUCGACAAAGCAUAUCAAGGUUUGCCAUUGGAUUUAAAGGAUUUGUCACGGAAAAAUGGCCCAAAUGUGCCGGCGACUUCCUUGGAAAGUCCAGCCUACAGGAUUGUUGCAUUUUCUAUCGCAUUUAUGGCAUAUCCAGGUGUUGUUCGUUUCCUCCGUCAAAUUUUACAGUUGGGCGACGGGGAGAAUGUGAAUGACCUGGCUGAUGUCGUUACUGACUUCGUGACAGUAGAAACCUUCGUGUUCGGCAGCUACUCAGGGGUGACGUUGACACUGCAGAUUCAGCGCCUGGCGGAACUUCAAACCAACUGCGUCAGGGAGUGUGCCCUGCUGAGUGGUCUUGCUGAACACACUGUGGAACUUUUUGACUCGCUGCCCAAAGGGGCGCUGCCACAGAAAACCAGAGAGACUGUACAGCACAACGAACGGAAGGCAUUGAAGGCCCUGUGGCAUCACACAGAGCGGCUGGCCUUCAGCACCCGAGGCGAAGAGUUGAUGGACAUCGCCGACCGGCAACGGCAAGAUGAUAGCAUCUCCAAUUACCGACUCGCACUUCUGAAGUGGGGACGAACGCGAAGAGAAGAUACGACCAAUUCCCCACUGUACGAGCAAGAUCUUCAGCUGUGUCUGUCCAUGGUGAACCAGUUAAAAGAUUUUAGGGCUGGUCGGCUGUCCAGGGAAUCUCUGAUCUUGCCGCCCACCUUCUACUGGACCUUCGGUUUGCUGUCAAUUUUCAUUACAAUUUCUUUCACCCUCAGGGAGGCGGCAGAUCCCAACAGUGAAUUUUCCAUUGUAGAUCGCUGCUUUUUCUCUACCUUGACGCUGGCCUUCCUGACACUCUUUCGCUUCGCUAUUGACAUGAACUAUCCCUUCAAAGGAGAUUACCAGAUCCGCCGUGGCACCAUUUCAGCAGAGCUAAUUUCUGCAAGGCGCACUAUACAGAAUGCACUGGGGGAGGACAUGGCGGAGAUAGACGAACUUUGAUUUUGCGACAAAAAA